AUGCCUAGAAGUUGGGCAGUACGCAAUGGGCUGCUGGCCGACAGCCUCAGAAGGACAGCAGCUGGCGCGCGAAACAUGUCACAGGAAGAAGCAGAAUCCAGUAUGGUCUACGAAGAGCCCAUUGAUAUUCCAUUAGAGGACGAUGACGAGGACGAAAUGGAGGAAGAGGAAAACAAUGUGCGUUUGAGCAGCCAGGCGGACCAGGACAAUGGUGAUAAUGACUCCGAUGAUAGCGUCGAUAACGGAAUCGGAUCCGAGACGCCCAGAAGUGUCACGGGUCUUUCGGCUGAUCCAAGAGACGCUGCAGAAGAGGAAGAAGAAGAGGAAGAAGAGGAAGAGGAGGAGGAGGAGGAUGAUAACGAUGGUGACAAUGACAAUGACGAUGAGAAUGACAACGACAAUGAUGGAGAAAGUCCCAAGGAUAAGAGGGCACAACCUACUGCUCAAGCCAGUAAGCGGUACAAAAAAUAUCCCAAGUUAGACCCCGCAAAAGCACCACCUGGUAAGAAGGUUCCACUACAUCUUUUAGAGAAGAGAAGACUGGGUCGUAUAAAGGCUGCAGAAGAGUUUGCCAAAACUUUGAAAAAAAUUGGGAUUGAGAAGGUAGAAGCGACUACUUUACCUGCGACGGGUUUAUUCCAACCUUUAUUAUUGAUUAAUCAGAAGAACUACUCAUCUGAUUACCUUAAAAAAGACGACCAAAUAUUUGCCCUUAGAGACAGGAAGUUCUUGAGAAACAAUAAUACCACUCAAGCGUCUAGCACCAACACGCCCGAUGUUGUGGAUAUGAAGAGUUUGCCCAAUUCAGAACCUAGCACGGCUCCACUUAACGACGAAAUAGAUCUAAACGACCCAACCGCAACUAUCGUGAUACAUCCAGGCUCCAAUUCUAUAAAAAUUGGUUUUCCUAAAGAUGAACAUCCAAUAGUGGUCCCAAAUUGUGUAGCAGUGCCUAAGAAAUGGUUGAAUAUCGAUAAUGACCAGAAUGAAGGAAAUAUGUUCUUACAAAGAAAGCAGUCAGAAGAGUUCGAGAGCAUAAAGUCAGAAAUGGAAAAGAAUUUUAGAGAACGUAUGAGAUACUACAAAAGAAAAGUACCGGGAAACGCUCAUGAACAAGUAGUUUCUUUCAAUGAGAAUUCUAAACCUGAAGUAGUUUCAGUAAAGAAUGACCCCUCUCCGAUAGAAUGGAUUUUCGAUGAUUCAAAACUAUACUAUGGUUCAGAUGCACUAAGAUGCGUCGACGAAAAGUUCGUUAUUAGAAAGCCUUUCAAAGGCGGCAGCUUUAACAUCGACUCACCGUAUUAUAAAUCGUUGGCAGAGUUAAUCUCGGACGUAAUUAAACUUUUGGAAUACGCUCUUGAUUCAGAAACUCUAAAUGUAAAACCUACCAAAUUUAACCAAUACAAGGUGGUAUUAGUGAUACCAGAUGUGUUUAAGAAAAGUCAUGUUGAAACCUUUAUCAGAGUUCUACUGACUGAAUUACAAUUCCAGGCAGUCGCCAUUAUUCAAGAAUCGUUAGCCACCUGCUAUGGCGCCGGGAUAAGUACUUCCACAUGUGUGGUGAAUAUAGGUGCCACUGAGACAAGGAUUGCUUGCGUUGACGAAGGGACAGUUUUAGAGAACAGUGCAGUUACUUUAGAUUACGGUGGAGAUGACAUCACAAGGCUCUUCGCCCUUUUAUUACUGCAGAGCGACUUUCCAUUACAAGAUUGGAAAAUCAACUCCGAACACGGCUGGCUUCUUGCUGAACAGUUGAAGAAAAAUUUUACUACUUUCCAAGACGCAGAUAUAGCUGUGCAGUUAUACAACUUCAUCAACCGCUCUCCGAAUCAGCCCACGGAAAAAUACGAAUUCAAAUUAUUUGAUGAAGUUAUGCUGGCUCCAUUAGCACUAUUCUUUCCACAGAUUUUUAAGUUGAUACGUGCUUCAUCUGACAAAAACUCCAGCUUAGAGUUUCAAUUACCCGAAUCACGUGAUCUUUUCACUAAUGAACUGAACGAUUGGAACUCCUUGUCACAAUACGAAAGCAAAGUGGGAGACCUGUAUUGUAAUUUGAAUGACGAUCUUAAGAUUUUAAAUAAAACAUUGGAUGCUCAUACCAUGAUUGACCAACUUCAGGAUAAGCCUGAAAAAUACGGGAGCACUUCCAAAGAAAAUUUAACACCCUUAGAAAAGGCUAUCAUUCAAAGUAUAACAAAUGCUUCUGUAACAGCAGAUGUCACAAGAAUGAGUUCCUUUUAUUCAAACAUUCUUAUUGUUGGUGGUAGUUCCAAAAUUCCAGCUUUGGAUUUUAUUCUAACUGAUAGAAUUAAUAUUUGGAGACCUUCUUUGUUGAGUUCCACAUCAUUCCCACAAUUUUACAAAAAAUUGACCAAGGAAAUCAAAGAUUUGGAAAGUCAUUUUGUCAGUGCACCUGAAAAGACAGAAGAAGAGAACAAACAAAUCUUACAACUACAAAUUAAUGAAAAAGUGUUGACAGAACUCGAUGAACAACACCAAAUUAUUGAGCAUCAAAACGGCAAUGAACAUCUUUUCCCAAUCAGUAUUAUUCCGCCCCCACGUGAUAUGAACCCUGCCUUAAUAAUUUGGAAAGGUGCUAGUGUUUUGGCGCAAAUAAAACUUGUCGAAGAAUUGUUUAUUACAAAUAAUGAUUGGGAUGUCCAUGGGAGCAGAAUCUUGCAGUAUAAAUGCAUCUUCACUUAUUAA